AUGCCGUCUGCCACGUGUGCAGCCGGGCCGACAAUGUCCCUCUCGUCGCUAUCUGCGCGGCUCACCGCGUCCGUCGCAGCCGCUCCGGCCGUCCGUUGCCCCCCGGUUUCUCCUCCAUGCUGUCCGUCUUCGGCGCGCUCGGCCCACCUUCCGCGCGUCGACGCGCGCACGGCCGCCACGCCCUGCAGCUUGUCGAGUUCCGCGGCGAGAGCGCAGCGCCCCCAUGGGGAGAGAGCUCGCGCGCACGCGGUGUCGGUGGCGGGGGCGCAGACGGCGGAAGGCUCGGCGCGCAGUGAGGGGGAGUUUGAGGCGGUGAUCGGCAUCGAGACGCCCGUGCAGCUGAACACGCCGACCAAGGCGUUCUGCAGGUGCGCGGCGAAGUACGGCGCGUUGCCCAACGAGCACGUGUGCCCCACAUGCAUGGGGCAGCCAGGCGCGCUGCCUGUGCUGAACGCGCGCGUGGUGGAGGCGGCUGUGCGGCUGGCGCUGGCGCCGCAGUGGCGCGUGGCGCUGAGGAGCAAGUUCGACCCCAAGCAGUACUUCUACCCCGACCUGCCCAAGGGCUACCAGGUGCGGUACGUGGGGGUGGGCAACGGCAACAUGGCGGGGGGCUCCAUGCGCUGCCAUGUCAACGUCUCCGUGCGCCCCCGCGGCCAAUCCAAACUCGGCACCAAGGUGGAGGUGAAGAACAUGAACUCGUUAUGCGAGAUGCAGCGCGCCAUUGACUACGAGAUCGCACGGCAGUCACAGCUGCUCAGGGACGGCAAGGCGAAGCACAUCGUGCAGGAGACAAGGCUGUGGGAUGAGGGCAGGCAG